UUACAACCCUGAACAACAAUCCUUGAAGCUAAUUAAUCAUGUUAACCGAAGCUAUUGAUUAUUUCUCCAAUGGUGGAGAAGACAGCAAGUUAAAAGUUUCCGAUGUUAUAUUUUAUGACGAACGCCACGACGAGGCCAACUACACCGGCCAUGAUACGUUUAUGUCAAGUCUGAUGUCUGUUGAUCUAAAACCAGGUGGGUUUUACACAGAACAGCAGCUACAUGAAGUGUUACAAUCUCUAACUGAUAGUGGAAUGUUCGAUAAGGUUGAUUUGGAAUACAGAGUCAACCUUGAUCAAUCACUUGUCAUCACUAUCUUUUACACUGAGAAUACAUGGCGAUCUGCCGAUUCUUUCAGAUGCAUCAACGUGGGAGUAACACCGCCACAAACGGAGCAAAACCCCGACGAGGCUCGGCCAUGCCUGUUGCCGCCUUCGGUACACGAAGAGGUGGUGGAGAUGUUGAGGGACGAAGGGAAGGAUGGGAUGAGUGGAAGACUAAUAUGUAAGAUUAAGGACAAGGUUGAGAAGUGGUACCAUAACGAGGGUUACGUGGCGGCCCAAGUGGUUAACAUUAGUGAUUUGCAUACAAAAGAAGUGGUUUGUGAGGUGGUAGAAGGUGAUAUUACAAGAUUAGUUUUAAUUGAUGUGAAUAAUAACAAUGAUUAUGUUAAUGAGUUGCCUUUUGAAUGGAAGAAGUUGUGUAAUAAGGUGGAAAUAGGGAAUGUGUACAACAAUAAAGAAAGCAAGAAAGUUUUGAGAAAUUUAAUGUCUUUGGGUUUGUUUUCGAACAUUGAAGUGGAUUCGCGCUCUGAUGAGAUGAAUCAAGGAGGUGUCGUUGUUGAGAUCAAGCUUUGCUUUAAUGAAGAUGAUGAUUAUGUUAACACAACCGAUACCAACUUCGUUUACGGGUGCUCGAGUUUAAUGAACAUCGUAAAAUCUACUUUCUCCGGUUUUUUCUCCUAGGACGUUUUGAUCUCUAGGCGUAACCACAGAGAUUAGUGAUAUCAACACAAUUCGAUUUUAGGUUUUAGGUAUCUUCCUAUGUACUUUAUUGAUAGUCUAUGAUUCGAAUUUUUUUUGUUUAAAGAAUUAUCGCGGUAUUGUACAAGUGUACAACUAGUUUUUGAAUGACAUAGCAUUACAUAACUCUGUGAAAUAGCUAUUUCAUCUAACAAAGCUUCCUUGAUAAAGCCAACCUAAACCACAUUAAACACCACUUUUCGCUAUAUCAAAGUUUUGAUUGGAUCAAACAUUGCCUACUCGAUAUUGAAAAUCAUUAGUUGUCUAAUAUAAGUAGGUAAUUUCCCACAAUCAUAAAUUAUUUUCGUGUAUUAUUACAAAUCAAAGCU